CAGCACGCAGCUUUGGGGUUCGUUGUGGAGGUGCUCCACAAGGGCAUCCAGGAAGAAGAGCAUCGUGAGAGCGUGCAGCACAAAAUCGCCGAGUUGUGUGUCCCAAUCGAAUGGUGGCAAGUACAGUCGAGGACCACUUUUUCGUGGAGUGACGCCAUUGCCAAGGGCACUCGCUCUAUCAGUAUUGCAAAGGCACCAGACUGGUGGGAUAUGAUUGAGCGAUGCGACCUGAACAGGCCGCCCCCUGUGGCAAGAACCCCAGUCCUUCCAGCGCCAUUGCCAGAAACCCGACUCACCAAGCUCAACCACGACCGCUCCUGCCACAAGUAUCCUGCUGCCCCAGCCGGCGCACGCGUGGGCACUGCGCUCGUCAAGAAGCUCGGCCUCAACCUAUCCUCGUAUGACUACGUUUGUGGCACGUCCUUCAUCUAUGCCUUGGCUGGUGACAGCCGGUACCUGAAGGACGAUUUCUACCUUGAGUGGUGCGAGGAGACUUGCUGUGUCUUGCACAUCCCUUCGCAUAAGCAUAGCCAAGACACUGUCGGGCACGCG